AUGGCGGGCAAGCGCAAGAACAAGAAGAACGGGCACACUCAUCGGAAGAAAGGGAAGAACCGGUCAAAGGAUGAAAGGGCUGUGUGGGCCCGACAGCAGCAACAGCAAGCUGCCUUGCAGACUCCUCAUGCAGUCACUCCUCAUGUCAACACUGGUCCCUUCCACAAUGAAGAUAUUGAUGAUGUGCUUCCUCCUACCGCCGCCUCUCUUCGCUCUGCUGCUCGCAAGCCACCACCCAAGCUGGAUGAUGAACGAUUGGAUGAACUCUUGGGUCCACCUUCGGAUGAUGAGCCUCCUUCCGACGAUGAUGAUGCAGCAGCAGCAGACCUUCGUCUCACUCCUGAAGAGAUGGAAUCUUUCCU